AUGCAGAUGGAUUGCAAUGCCAGGCAAGACAGAGACCAUGGUGAAUUUAGCACGAUCGGAGAAUCGACAGUAGCAGAUAUCGUUCUUGGUCAAAUUCGCGACUUCAAAGAAUCAAUGCGGUCGAUCUGGAGGAAUACAAACGUCGUGCUGGUCCUCUUGGUAUUUUUCGUCGCUAGCAUCAGCAAACAGUCCACAUCGCUGUUUCUGCAAUACGUCUCGAAGAAGAUGCAUUGGAGUAUUGCUCGCGCCAGUAUGCUCAUCACUGUUCGUGGGGUUGUUAUCAUAACUAAUUUUAUUAUCCUGAUGCCUCUUGUAUCGUUCAUCGUUACCAAAUACUUCCAUUUAGAAGCUACACGGAGGGACUACAGACUAUCUCAGCAGAGCGGACUGCUCGCAACCCUCGGCUUCUUUGUCAUAGCUGUAGCUACAGCCCCCUCUGUUCUGAUCACCGGUCUUGUCAUGCUUUCCGUGGGUAGCGCAUUCGCUGUCACGUCGCGGAGCUUGGCCACAUCCCUUGUUCCGCAAGAUCUGGUCGGAACGCUGUACUCGGCCGCUUCCGUCAUGCAGUCCCUGGGGGCUCUCGUCGCGGGACCGCUUUUCGCGUAUACCUUCAAGUUUGGUAUGCGUCUCGGGGAGGGAUGGCUAGGACUGCCUUUCUUACAGGCAGGCUUCCUUUUCAUACUUGCCGUUAUCUCAGUUUCUUGCGUUCGACUGGAGUUGUCAAAACAGGCUGCUGUCGAAGAUGGAAAUCCGCAAGAGGAUCCUCAGGAAGAAGCUUGUUUGAGGCGUAGCAGUGAUUGCUAG